CCACUUUCUUCGCUGGCAACCUGAGAUCCUACCGUUGUUGCUGUUGUCCUUUACACUGUGGGAGUCGGUGCUGUAGCUCUAGAGUUCACAAAGUGGCUCAUUUUCAGUUCGUUUUUUAUUCCUCGUUAAUAGCGACCCUGCUCGAGUCUUCGGUGAAGAAAAGAGCAGAGAAAGUGUUCAGGUCCUUGUUAAACUGCCGCCGGCACCAUGGAACCUCUGCGGAAACAGCCGAAGGAUAAUCCAUCGGCUUCGGCUAAUCUGCUCUCCACGAUUUUCUUUUGUUGGCUGAAUCCCCUGUUUAAGAUUGGAUACAAGAGGAAAUUAGAAGAAGAUGACAUGUACCAUGUUCUACCAGAGGAUGCAUCCAAGAAACUCGGGGAAGAACUACAGUGUUACUGGAAUCAUGAAGUUCGACAAGCAGCCAAAGAAAUGCGCUCACCGAAACUGUGCAAAGUAAUUUUUAAGUGCUACUGGAAGGCCUAUGCACUGAUUGGACUGUACAUCUUUGUUGAGGAAGUUAUUAAAGUCGGCCAGCCGGUGCUACUUGGGUGGCUUAUAGAAUAUUUUGAGACCUAUGAUCCAAACAACACACAAGCUAUGUAUGAGGCCUACGGUUACGCUGCUGGCAUCUCUCUGUCCACCAUCAUCUUGACUUUGCUUCAUCACCUCUACUUUUACCAUGCCCAGAGAGCAGGCAUGAAGAUCCGGGUGGCAAUGUGUCACAUGAUCUAUCAAAAGGCUUUGUCCCUCAACAAUGCUGCGUUUACCAAAACUACAACAGGGCAAAUAGUUAACCUGAUGUCCAAUGAUGUCAACAAAUUUGAUGAGGUAACCUUGUACCUGCACUUUAUGUGGAUUGGCCCCCUCCAAGCAGCCGUUGUGAUAUUAUUGUUGAUGAAUGCAAUUGGCCCAUCAUGCCUUGCAGGAAUGGCAGUUCUUCUAAUUCUGAUGCCUGUACAGACAAUGUUUGGGCGACUGUUCUCUAGACUGAGGUCUCAAACUGCAGUCUUGACAGAUGACAGAAUACGCACAAUGAACGAAGUCAUCUCUGGCAUCCGUGUCAUAAAGAUGUACGGAUGGGAAAAGCCUUUUAUUGCCUUGGUGAAUGAGAUCAGAAGAAAGGAGAUUUCCAAGAUUAUGACCAGCUCGUACCUGCGUGGCCUGAAUAUGGCAUCCUUCUUUGUGGCCAGCAAGAUUAUCAUCUUCUUCACCGUGUGUGUUUUCGUUCUGACGGGGAACACCUUGACUCCCAGCAGGAUCUUCAUGGCAGUCUCACUGUAUGGAGCAGUCAGACUCAACAUUACACUCUUCUUUCCCUUUGCCAUAGAAAAAGGCUCAGAGUGUCUUGUUAGUAUAAGAAGGAUCAAGGAGUUUCUUCAAUUGGAUGAAGUUGCUCCUCAGUGCCUUGAACUUCCUGUGAUAGAUACGAAGGCUUGCAUCAUUGAGAUUAAAGAUCUGAGGUGCUACUGGGAUAAGAGUCUGGAUACUCCAACUCUACACAACCUGUCUUUCUCAGUGAGGCCUGAACAGCUCGUGGCAGUCAUUGGACCAGUUGGUGCUGGAAAGUCUUCUCUCCUGAGUGCUAUCCUGGGAGAACUGAGUCAUGAAUGUGGCAAAAUCAAAAUAAACGGAGAGCUGACCUACACCUCCCAGCAGCCCUGGAUUUUACCUGGUACCAUUCGAAGCAACAUCCUUUUUGGGAAAGAAUUUGAUCCGCAGAAGUAUGAUAAGAUUUUGACUGUCUGUGCCCUGAAGAAGGAUCUGGAGCAGUUACCAGGCGGUGACUCAGUGAUUGUGGGGGACAGAGGGAUGAACCUGAGUGGAGGACAGAAGGCCAGGAUCAGCUUGGCCAGAUCACUGUAUCAGGAUGGAGACAUCUACCUGCUGGAUGAUCCCCUCAGUGCUGUGGAUGCAGAGGUGGGUCGCCACCUCUUUGAAGAGUGCAUUUGUGGCCUUUUGAAGAACAAGCUUCGCAUCUUGGUGACUCACCAGCUGCAGUAUCUGAAGGCUGCAGAUCAUAUAGUGGUUUUAAAAGAGGGUCAGAUGGUGGCACAGGGCACAUUCAGUGAGCUGCAGUGCUCUGGAGUUGACUUUACUUCUUUGCUCAAGGAGGAUGACCAAAAUGAAGAAAGACAAGGCACAUCUCCAGUCCCAGGGUCUGUCUCUGACUUGUCCCACGCACCUCCAGAUAACUGCUUGUCGUCCAUGUCCUCCCUGUCCUCCUCGAAAUACUCUUUGAUUGAAGGGGUGGAACCACUUGUAGUUGCAGAGGAGCAACCCGAGGAGGAAGGACGUGCGGAGGGAAACAUCGGGGUGCGUGUCUAUACCAAAUAUUUUUUGGCAGGUGCAAACGUGCUGGUACUCUUGGUUCUCGUGGUUCUGAAUGCCCUCGGACAAGUAACAUUUGUCCUACAGGACUGGUGGUUGGCUCGCUGGGCCUCUGAACAGACGAACAUCACUGUGACAGAGCACCUCAAUGGCACCUUGCCUCAGCACUCAGACCUUGACUUGUACCUGGGUGUUUACGCAGGUCUCACUGGUGCUUCAGUUGUGUUCAGCUUCCUCCGUGCUAUGCUCUUCUUUAACAUCCUGGUGACAUCAUCACAAAGGCUGCACAACAGCAUGUUCAACGCCAUCGUACGGACGCCAAUGCAGUUUUUCGACAUCAAUCCUAUAGGAAGAAUCCUCAACAGGUUUUCAAAGGACGUUGGUUACCUGGACUCCCUGCUCCCAUGGACGUAUUCGGACUUUACACAGAUUCUCCUCCAAGUCAUUGGAGUUGUUGCUGUAGCUGCAGGCGUUAUUCCUUGGAUCCUUCUCCCUAUUGUUCCACUGCUCGGUGUUUUCUUUUUUCUGAGACGCUACUUCCUGAAAACCUCGAGGGACAUCAAGCGCCUGGAGUCUACCACCAGAAGUCCCGUCUAUUCCCACCUGUCAUCGUCUCUCCAGGGCCUCAGCACAAUCCGUGCAUUUAAGGCUCAGCAGCAGUUUCAGCAGAUGUUCGAUGAGCAUCAAGAUCUUCACUCAGAAGCCUGGUUCUUAUUUCUGACCACGUCUCGUUGGUUUGCAGUGCGCCUCGAUGGAAUUUGUUCCAUCUUUGUCAGCAUCACUGCUUUUGGCUGCCUGUUCCUGAGAAACGAUUUGGAUCCAGGCUCAGUGGGCCUGGCUCUGACCUACGCUGUCACACUCACAGGCAUGUUUCAGUGGGGAGUCAGACAGAGUGCAGAGGUUGAGAACAUGAUGACAUCUGUGGAGAGGGUGGUCGAAUACGCAGAGCUGGAGAGUGAAGCACCAUGGGAGACAGACAAAAAGCCCCCACCCGACUGGCCAAAGAAUGGUUCCAUCACCUUUAACAAAGUCAACUUCUCCUACAGCGCCAAUAAGCCGUUGGUCCUGAAGAACCUGAGUGUUGCCUUCAAAGCCAGAGAAAAGGUUGGCAUCGUUGGACGCACUGGUGCCGGUAAGAGCUCCCUGAUCUCUGCUUUGUUCCGGCUGGCAGAACCUGAGGGAAAAAUAAUGAUUGAUGGUGUCCUGACCUCCACAAUUGGCUUGCACACUCUGCGCCAGAAAAUGUCUAUAAUACCACAGGACCCAGUUCUCUUCACGGGCACCAUGAGGAAGAAUCUGGACCCUUUCAGACAGCACACAGAUGAGGACCUGUGGAAUGCACUCCAAGAGGUGCAGAUGAAGGCCGUGGUCGAGGAACUGCCCAGUAAGCUGGAGACACUGCUGACCGAGUCAGGCUCAAACUUCAGCGUGGGUCAGAGGCAGCUGGUGUGUUUGGCCCGCGCCAUCCUCCGUAAAAACCGCAUCCUCAUUAUUGAUGAGGCCACAGCCAAUGUGGACCCAAGAACUGACAGCCUCAUCCAGGAGACUAUCCGGGACAAGUUUCAAGAGUGUACCGUCCUCACCAUCGCUCACAGGCUCAACACGAUCAUUGACUGUGACAGAAUACUGGUUCUGGAUGCUGGCAGGAUCCAGGAGUACGAUGAGCCAUAUGUGCUCCUGCAGAACCAGGAAGGGCUCUUUUACCAGAUGGUCCAACAGACAGGCAGAGCUGAGGCCGUCUCACUGCUGCACACAGCCAAACAGUGCCUCAGAAAGCAGGAAGAGACGCUGCAGAGAGGAGCUGUUAAAUUCACCCCCUAUAAAGACGAGAGCUUCUAACUGGCACCACGCCCGGACUAGAAGCUAACAGGUUCACACUGUGCGAGACUGGGAUAUCAGGAAAGGAUGUAAGAAAAUGAACAGAAAUAAUAUUUAAUUACUGAGUUCAAUUAAUAUAGUUAUUAAACUAAUCAAAAAUGCUUCUUUGGGCCAUUAUCAUAAUUUUAUAUGUGACCAGUAGUUUAUUUAUUUUUUAUUUUUUUCGAAACGAUGUUGUCCACUAUAUUUGUAGGAGCGUCAUCCCAACAGUCACGUCAGGCAGCAGCCUGUCCAAGUCCUCGGCACGUUCAGCUCUGCCUGCAGCCUCAGUGUUGGCUCCACUUUAGAUCGAUUUAUAAUUGACAUAUAAUAUUGCACUCCCUGCAUGUGGCCAAAUCUUAGCGUACCUGAAAACCAUUGACGUCACCGCCAGUGCUUUCUAGAGAGUUUUAUUACAAACUUUUGAUGUAAAUAAAGACCUUCCUCCUUUUGGUGAGGAAACAAUGUUGGAAGGACCUAAAGUGUUUUUGCAAAACAAAAUUCCCUGAAAAAUGAGAGUCGGAAUGAAGAGCACAUUAUAGCCUUUAUCUGUUUGGAAUCUUUGUUCUAGAGAGCAUACAUCACCUCCAGAGAGUAACCGAUAGGUCUGACCAUUCACUGCUGGGAUAGACGCACAAUAGCCGUAGAUAUCUGCGGCACAGAUUACAUUAUACUCAUUUCAAAAGCAGUCACAGUCAAGUAUGCUCCGCAGAAAGAAAGCCAUGCUUUUAAUGCCAGCCAAUGAUUACAGGUGAGAGAUGUAACUGAUAGUUGGCCCAUUAUUGUUGGGAGAUUUGGUGUGCUUGACCCCCUGAAGCAUUCUGCUGCCAAGGGAAUUUCAAACAAACCCAGGACUUGGAGGAAAGGAAUGUUAUGAUUGCUUUCAGUGACACUGAUACAACACUGUCACGCCGCUGACUGCAGACGAGGGGAAGAGAAGCCUCACUGUGGCAGAGCGGACCGGAGCGCCGCAACAACACUUAGCGGCAGGCAUUUCAUUAACCUGUCAGAGACGAGGCGCUGCAUUGUCUGUGAUUGCCACAUCACCUUACACUCAUCCCGCCGCUUAUACAUUUGACCUCCAUUAGCCCACCAGCUGUGUUUCACAUUUUAUUUAAUGAACUCCAGUCAUGAGGUAAUUUCUUGAGUGCAGCACCACUCCUCCGAGCGCCUUUUCCCUUUCUGCUUCUUUUUCCACACCCAAGUGGUGGCGUUGACUCGUGUUGCUCCUGGGCUGAUAUUUUCAUUAAAGCCAUUCUUAUCAAAUAAUGAAAUGAAGAAUCUGUUUCUAGCCCAGUGCUAUUACCUCCCACAAAUCAAAAGGUUCCCCGUGUAAUGUCUUGCCUCCCAUGCCAGGUAAUUAGGUAGCUUUGUCCUACAUACUAAUGCUGCUUUCAUGAGAAUAAUCUGAGACAAUAAACCUGUCUUUAUUGUGUGCUUUCAUGAAGCCCUCUUAAUUAAUAUCAGCAAACACAAACCAAAGUUAAUUGAAAUUUGAACAUCCCAUCUCCGCAGUUUACAAUAACGCAAUCGCUGGUGUUUUGUUGCCGCCGUUGAAUUGCUAUAAUGGCGGGUAUCAUAUCUCUAUUUAGUAUUGCAUUGAUCGCUCUCCGAAGCUGCAGCAGAAAUAUAAAAGAAAGAAAUGUCUUAACUAUGAGUAAACACUGGAGGCGACACAUGCAACCCUGGCAUUGAUUCAGACUCACACAUUAAUAUUCACACUCUUGCACAUAAUCAAAGCAAGGUGUGCAUGAUUUGUUUUCAUUGAUUAAGUGACAUUUUCCCCGCUUCUCUCGCCGUGGUUAUUAAUAUAGUUUGCAUUGAUAUUAUUCCUGCAUUAACAACAAUUUCACCACGUGAGGGAGAUUACAGGUCUGAUGCAAAAAAAAAAAAGCAGCGGCGGAUAGCUUUAAUCAGGCCGCUCCAUUUGAUGCAAAAUCUUUACGACUUUAAUCAAUCUUUAUGGACGAGCUUUUCAGACUCUUGUAGCAACUUUGAAUAGCGUACUUUUAAAGAGGCUGUGCCCUCCUGUCAGAUACCUGAUAUGCUUUGCAAAUUACAAAUCCUUCUAAGAAUAUGAAUUAGGUCGCGCUACCUGAGUGCUCCUUCCAUUCAGGGUAGGGACAUUCCAGGUUUCACUUUUUACAUGAACUCCUAGCAGCAGCUAACGUAAUGAGGCCAACAAUGCCCGCUAGCAUGGAAGCAUAAUAUAAAGAACCCCUAACAAAGCCGAAUCUGGCAUGCUACUAUUUCAGUAAAGUCUUUUUUUUAUUAUUGUCAGAUGUCUUUUGCCAUAUUGGCCCAUGAGCAAAAAUAACUAUAGAAAAUAAUAAAUAAAUAGAUAAACAGUGGGUUGUCUUCACAGCAGUGACAUCUCGAAGCCAAGAACAUUUCUGAAGUUAACCGUGUUUCUGUUCUGGUGCUGUUGGUCACAGUCUGUCACGCGUCAUUUGCAUCUGUGCGUCCCAUUAAGAAAUAUGACAUAUUUCUAAGAUCAGGCUCCUAGCACUAUAACCACCCACCAUGGCAAUUAGCUGUCUACUGAGCUAACAGGCGUAACACACAUGCCUGACGCAAGUGACUCUCCUAAAUGCAUCACUGUUUCCCCUGUGGUUCCACUGGGAACACAGAGGACAUGAGCACAACUGAAUCAGUUCUACUGUUCUUUAACGUAACGCUGGACCAGACCCUUAAAAAAAAUAAAGAGUUCUAAGUGGGGAACAACCGACAUUCACCGUAGUAGAAAUGAUAGAAUGUUGUUCUUUGUUUUUUGUUUUUUUCUAUGUGGUUAACAACCUUUUUAGGCUUGGGUGUAUGUGUGAUUUUGAUAUGACAAACUUCUGGCGAUCACUGGAAAAAAAUGUUUUCUUAGUUUUUGAUCAUAACAGUGAUACAGAUACAGAAUAGACAGAUUAUGAGCCUCAUGUUGAUAUUGUUUUUGUCAGGAUUAGACUCUGUUUGUUGAAUAAUCCUUUGCUAAUCUAAUUUUAUUAUAUAUAAAAUAAUAAGAUAAUUGAGAAGUUAAAUUACAUUUUUUCUAGUAACCAGAAGAGGUUUUAUGUUGACAGAAAAAAAAGAACACCAUCUCAUUACAAGCCUCCAAUAAUGGCUGUUGAACAUCACUGACGUGGGUGUAAAUUUCAUCAUAGAUGUGAUUUCAUUACAGGCUGUGAAAUGAAGGCUUUUAUCCAAUCAUAUCGUCUGCAUAAAGAGAUAGAGAAAGUUAACGGUGAAUACAGAGGCUUUUUUUCCCCCACCAACAACAUGAUUGCCACCAAACUAGACUAUCUGUUCCCCUUAUUUCUAAAAAGCAUUGACCGUUGGGGCAUAGCCAAUAUGGCAGCUAAUCCAUUCUAGUGUCUAUACUGUGAGAUGCUUAUGGAGGCAUAUUUGCUUAGAGCAGCCAUGCAAAUUAUUACUUACUGCCCUGUAAGCUGAUAACACAAAUUAGAUACCCAUUAAAGUUGAACAAUGUAUAUAGAAUGAGGGGAGAUUGCAAGUGAUACCUGAAGGGGCUGCUUAAGUCACAUGGCGCUGAAAUAUGCCUCAUGCUUGAAAACUUCAAAAGUGCAGAGAGAUGUUUAUCCUCGGGAUUGGAAGAUGCAUAAUAGUAAUCUCAUAUGCACAGAGGCAGCUGCCAGGUGGAGGAGAGCACAGUGCAUGUUUAUGAAAAGAAAUCAUUACAGGCACCGGGGAGCACACCAUCAUGAAGCGGUGACACAGAACUUUUUUAUCAUUAACCCGGCGUUCACUACAGCUCUUAAAAGUUCAUGUGUGACUGUCAUUAGUCGAGCUGUGUCCACUUGAGCCAAUGAGUGUGUAAAUCUGAGGAUCUGACUUGAAUGGGAAAAACUUGGCUGUUAAUUGAUCAGAUUCUAUCUUCUGGUUUUGACCCAAGGUGGAGGUAAAACUGAUACAUUAGAUGGGAAACAUGAUGCACUGUUGGGGGAGGGUGGGGGGGGUUAAGGAUGCAUCACUGUUGUAUCAGAACAUGUUAGAAACAUAAAAACUUGGGUCUGUCAAAGUGGUUCUCAAAGUAGGGUUUCAGUCUGUGUACAGGGUACAUUCUACCUAUUACCAAACAACAAUAUAAACCCCCAAAUGUAUACCUUUAAUGUCUGCAGUACUGUUGUUUAUACUGAUUACGUACUUAAAAACCACAGUUUUAGAACUCUGUAGAAUCAGGAACGUCCAGUUAGACAUCAGUUCUUUAACUCCACAGGGCCUUUACGUUCACUGUGAUCUGUUCUUAUCAGAUGAGCCUCUCUAAUGCAGGUGCCAAACACUGCUCUGGGGCCAAAUCCAAAUGUCUGCAGCUUUUAAGAAGUGGAAGCACAGUGUUUGUUGUGAAGAGAGAGAGAGAGAGGAAACGCUCCAGGGCUGGUGUGGGCAGCCCGGCUAAUUCUAUAUAUAUGACUUGUCUGUGUCUGCCUCCGAGCCCCUUUCCCUUUCUGCUCCUCUGACUGCCUGAUAGUUAGGGAUUCAUCUUAACCCCCCCGCCUCUUUGUCUGACGGACUGUGGAGUCAGCAGUUAUUCUUCAACUGACAACUUUCAAUGCUUGGCGUUGAAAGAGAUGAAGCCGAAACACAAAGGCAAAUUAAGGGUACAAAAACACUGGCCAUUGUCCCAUUGUUGUGGGUCACAAAUCGUCAAGUAAAAGCCACACAGCGUGGUUGAAAUGUAUUCGCCUGCGUCCUUUGCACCCCCCCUCCGC